AGCUCUCUGCUUUUUAGGCUCUUUGGUUAGAGUCAGCCAACAUGGCGACCAUGUAGAGCACACGGCUUGUUUGCAUUGCCAACAAAAUGAGGGUCCCCCGCUGCUGCAUGGGGCUCAGGCGAACCUAUUUGGUUUGGCCAAUCCUGCUGCUACUGCUGGUUGGUGCAGCUUUGACAGCUCUGCUGCCCCCUGCUGAGGACCAAGGAGGCCUUGGUGUGCUGGGAGCGCUACGCCGGGGAACAUCACAAAAGGAGAAUCCUGCACAGGGCCACCAUGGUGACAGCACCGAGGAGCAGCAGAGGUUUACCAUUAUCAUCCAAACUUACAACCGCACAGACAUUUUGCUCAAACUCCUAAACCAUUACCAGGCAGUGCCUCAUCUUCAGCAGAUUAUCAUAGUGUGGAACAACGUUGGGGAGCAGACACCCCUGAAGUUGUGGAACUCUUUGGGGCCUCAUCCGGUCCCUGUGGUCUUCAAGGAGCAGAGUAGCAAUCGGAUGCGCAACAGACUACAAGCAUUCCCAGAGAUUGAUACUGAUGCUGUGCUGAUGCUGGAUGAUGACACCCUGGUCAGUGUUCCUGACAUCAGUUUUGCUUUCUCUGUCUGGAAGCAAUUUCCAGACCAGAUUGUUGGGUUCGUUCCACGGAAACAUGUCUCAACACCAGGAGGAGUGUACAGUUAUGGCAGCUUUGAAUUGCAGGACCCAGAAACAGCUGGAGGUGACAAAUACUCCAUGGUGUUAAUUGGUGCCGCCUUCUUCCACCGUCGCUACCUGCAGCUCUUCCAGGACCAACCUCAAGCAGUGCACGAGCUGGUGGAUGAAACACAGAAUUGUGACGACAUCGCCACGAACUUUGCCGUAGCGCUGUAUUUGAGGAAACACUCAAAGUCUACAGGCGGCAUUACCAAACCCUCUGGGAUCUUUGUCAAACCUGUGGACCUCCGCAACCUGGAAAAGGAGGCCAGCAGUGGGUACCAAGUUUGGCUUCCCCAGCUAUGCCAACCACAAGAGCAGAGGCUGAGGAACUGCCACGUCGCUGACUGUUUCGGACUAAAAGAAGACGAACUCAAGUGGCAGUUUCCAGGCUCAGGAUCAUGGUUGAUCAUUGAGGGUACAGCUGAUAUUCCCCGGUCCAUGUGAUCAUUCACCUACUAUGUGUGUUCAGAAACAAGAAUGCAGGCGAACGUUUUACAGGGUAAGACAUGUAAAACCGGCAUUCAGUUGUUAGACAAUCAAAAAUGAUCGCAAAACAGUAGUAGUAUGUUAACAUUUUAGCAGAGGGUGAGACACGGCAUAAAUGGUUUUCACAAAAAUAUUUAUGUUGUGUGCUUAGUGUUUACCUGCUCAGUGUUUUUUCUCUUCUUGUAUUUUAUGAUACCGAGUAGUUUCACCGUGGUAUUAGCAGGACUAUCACGGACUUUCUUACUUUGGACAACAGCAAGGAUUGUUAAAUGAAACGUCCAUAUUUCAUGUGUAUACUGUUGCCAAAGCUGCCUUUCCCUCAGCAUGUACAACUCUCACAUUAAACUAAUAGUGCAGUUACUUUAUAGCCAGCAGGUGUCAGUCUUUGAUCUGCUUUGACAGUUUGCCUUGUUUGUAACUGUGAUUUACAGCACUGACAUUUUUUUUACUACAUUUUUAGUUGUUUAUAGAAUGUGUCACUUUCUGGUGAGCUUGCACACAGUCCCUACAGAUAUAAAAUGCUUGUCAGAAAAUACAGGCAUUGUUUAGUGUUCUUCGGUCAAAAAAUAAUCCCCAACAAAGUGUGAAUCAGAGAAUAUAAUGGGAUUAUCGCAAGUAUUAUGUGAACUACCGUGCAUGCGUGGACAAUCAUUUUUUAAAUGUGUGCACAAAUGUCAAGCUUACAGGACUGUAUCAUGUGAUUCAGACAAAUAAAGCCAACACUAUUUCUC